AUUACAAAGCGUGUACUUGACGCUGAUUUCAUCUCACAGCAUGUUAUGUUUGUGUAUUUAUUAUGUCAAAUGAUGCUCACAUUGGAUUCCCGCCAGUUAUCUUGUGCGAAUGCAUAAAUAUUUCUAGGAUCUUUUAAAACAGAGCUCGUCUGUCAAUUUAUUGCCGAUUCCCAUUACAUGCUUCAAAAAUGUCGGUUCGUAGAUUUACCGGAGCGAAGAUUGUAGUGUUUGGGGGUGCUGGUGUCGGCAAAACGGCCUUUGUGGUGCGCUAUAUGACCAGGCGGUAUAUUGGGGAUUAUGACAGAAAUAAAGAAAUGCUUUAUAAUCACAAAAUACCAUCGCCUCGAGAUGACGUCACGCUCGAGAUCAUAGACACGGCGGCUAAAGACAGCGUGGAAAACAGAGAAAGUCACAUAAGAUGGGGUGAUGGUUUUGUGUUUAUUUACUCCAUCACCGACAGAAAGAGUUAUGAGUAUGCUAACACAUUAAAAGACAUGUUGAUCAAAAUCAGGGGCCCGGAUAUGCCUGCUAUAGUUGUAGCCAACAAAUGUGACCUACUUUCUGUGCGGCAGGUUGACGAUUCUGAGGGAGUAUCACUAGCCGAACAACUCAACUGCCCAAAGUUUGACGUUUCUGUCGCGGAAGGAUAUUCUGGUGUUUCAGAAGCCAUGGAUGAACUUGUUAUUCAGUUAAAGCGGGAGUUUGUCAAAAACUGCUCACAAGCAGCAGUAUCCGCUAACGACAAAACCAAAUCAAAACUGUUUACAUUCAAAAAGGGAUUCAAGAAAAGAAUCAGUCGGAGUCACAGUGACACGGUGUAAUAUAUCCAACUUCACAAUUAUAUAAACUCUUACAUGAUUAUUGCACUGACAUGCAGAGCCUACCCAGAAAAAUCAUUUUAUACAUGUAUAUCAUUCAUAAGCUAUCAUUUCCACAUCAUAUAGUCGUACUCGAUAAUAAAGUAAAAAAGUAAGUAAAUGUAUACAUGUAUAGACAAAAAGUAGACGAAUAGUGUGCUUUUCUUAAUUAUAAAGUAUGUUUUUGGUUUCAUCUGCAGAACAAGGCGCCCCAAGCAGCAGUUUGAGAUAGGUGAAAACAAACAAAUAAUAGAUGAUUUCUCAAUACAAAAUGCACAACGUAUUUGUAAAGUUAUAACAAUGACGGAAGGAAAAUACUGAGAAAUUAUAACCAGUAUUUAUUAUUUCAUCAUGGAUGUAGACACAUUUACUGCAUUAGCAAUAAAUCAAAUAUUUGCCAUUGCAUAUGGACAUGUACUGACAUCAGUGAUUUUGGCACUUGAUUAUAUAAUAUACAAAUAUGCAAAAAAAAAGGAAAUUCACCACUCAAUGUUUUUUUACGAUGCCAAUAAAUUUUAAUACUAGA